CAUGGCUUCUGUCAUGGCAUCCAGCUCCAGGCCGAUUGGAGAAGUGUUUCCUGGAUCUGUGGAUGCCGUUAGAGCCAUGGGGGAAAGUGUGGUGCCCGCCGCCAGGAUGCAGUACAUCUGCUCCUUCCAGGACUGCAGCAAGACUUAUAACAAGAAAUGGAAGCUGGAGCUCCAUCUGUGCAAACACACAGGGGAGAAACCAUUCCGCUGUGACCAUGAAGGGUGUGAAAAAGCUUUUGCUUCAAAAUAUCACCUGCAAAGACAUAUGAUGACACACACUGGAGAAAAAAAUAUCAAGUGUGAUUCUGAAGACUGUAACAUAAUGUUCAAUUCGAAGGCCAACAUGAAGAAGCACUUUAAUAGAGCCCAUGUAUACACAGACCAAGUCUACGAGUGUGACUUCCCAGAUUGUGGCCUUAAGUUCAAGAAACAUAAUAAACUGAGAAUGCAUCAGUGCACACAUACAAACGAGCUGCCUUUUAAGUGCACUUUUGAUGGAUGCAAUAAAUGCUACGCUUCGCCUUCCCGACUAAAACGUCAUGCAAAAGUCCAUGCAGGAUACAAGUGCAAAAAGGAUGAAACUUGUGAAUUUGUUGGGAAGACAUGGUCAGAUUACAUAAAGCAUGUAUCUACCUGCCAUGCUGAACCACUCAUCUGUGAUGUGUGUAACAAAAAGUUUAAGAAAAAAUGGUUCCUGAAUGACCACAAGGUAACUCACGACAAGGAACGGAAAGUCUAUUGCUGUCCCAGAGAUGGCUGUGACCGGACCUAUACUACUGCAUUCAAUCUCCGAAGUCAUAUCCUUUCAUUCCAUGAGGAAAAGAGGUCUUUUGUUUGUGAGCAUCCUGACUGUGGAAAAACAUUUGUAAUGAAACGAAGUCUGGAAAGACAUGAGGUUGUCCAUGACCCAGAGAAGAGAAAACUUAAGGAAAGAAAACCACGUCCUAAAAGAAGUCUUGCAUCUCGCCUGUCUGGAUACAAGCCUCCAAAAACUACCAACCCUCCCGAAAAGUCACACUCCGAAAUGGUAAUGGAAAACCCGCCCCAGAAUGCUGAAAUUAAUCAUGGCCAGCUCGAACAGCUCACCCUUAAAUAACCAUGGAAUUCUUUAUUUUGCUAUCUAUGUAAAAGCAGUCUUAUUUUAUGUUAAAAUAACCAAAGUUUUGGGUAACCUAAUUUUCUAAGGUUUUGUUUCUUAAUGUAUGACUUUACUUCUGAGGUCAGACUUUCUACUAUUGAUAGCUGUCAAAAUGUUUUACUUUAGUGUUUUUUUUUUUUUUUUUUUUUACUUUGAAGGAUUAACAUGGUAUCAUUGGCAUAAAAGGGCAUCUCUUCCAGUUAGUGAUUGUUUUGCAACACAGGCAUCUGAUUUUCCUGUACAUUAAAGUCCAGAAUGUUUCAGGGAACACCUCCAUUGUAUUUGUAAUUUUACUUUCCAAAAACAUUGCUUCACAAGGAUUUAAAUGUGCAAAAUUUACGUGUGUGGAAAGAAACAUCAGAAGAAAUCUUCCUAAAUUAUGUUCGUACAUAUAUUUCGAAGAUUAUAAUGUUUAAAUCAAUGCACUUAAAGGGACACUAGUCACCAGUGCAGCUACAUGUAUUCCUGACCCUAUAGUGUUAACACGACCAUCUAGCCCCCCCUGGGCCCCUCAUGCCUCCAUAAAUAUAGUAAAAAUCUUCCUGUAUUCAAGCCAGAAGCUGUAAAUCUGCAUGCUGUUAGACUCAGGAAAAACAAGCAGUCUGCUGACAUGUGAUAGCCUGAUCCAAUCACAGUGCU